AUGUUCCGCAACGAAAUUGGGGGAGAUGCAGUGCAACGAACCUUCUCCAGUGGUUUCGAGGUCAUGAAGGCAAACGAGUGAGAGAGAAAAAAAAGAAAGAAUGUUUCGGACUGCGUCUUGAAGACCCUUUUUCUACAGUUUCUCUUUUUUUAGGUUUGGAGGAAGUUAUCAUUAUUCGCAUAAAAGAUUGAACUAAAAUAUUUCAUUCAUUUCAGCCUUUGAAAAAGACUUAAAAAUUUCCGGAAAAAACUUUGUGAAAAAAACUCAAUGAUUAGUGCCAGAAUUUAAAAUGGCGUGAGUUUGAAACUCGCAGGGCUUCGGUUGUUUCAAAAUCCUAGUAGAAGUAUGUUUCCAUGAUCUAGUCCUCGAAAGCCUUCAGUGAUACGACUGAUAAACAAAUAUUUGUUUUUUGAAAAACAUUAAAAUAGUAUUUCUUUUUUUCCGCACGUUUGAUUUCUCGUAAAUUUUCCCGUUUUUCUUCUGAUCCAGAAAUUUUUCUCGGCUUCUCGAACGUUGUAAAAACUAGCGAGCCGCAGAGAUAUUUUUCCUGACCCUGGGCAAGGCAGCCGGCAAACACUUUCUCUGUUUGAGUUCAUUUUUUUCUUCGUUUUGCACAGUAUCUGAAACUUCUUAUUUUUCUCCAUUAUCUCUCUCGCGCCCUACAACGAAGUUUUUUUCUUGUUUCGGGCGUGGAGACUUUGAAAAAACUUCUCUUUUUUGUACGAUCCUCCUAUCGUCUCUGAUUUUUACGCACACUCUCGCGUCUUGCAACCUAUUUCUUUGGCGCACUUUUCGUCCUUUUCCGCUUUUUUUUUGGUUCAUUUCUUCUUACUUUCCGGCUUAAGAAGUGUUUUUUACACUUUUAAGUUUUGCCACGUUUCCAUAAAAAAUGAAUAAAAAGUAAUUAUAGAUUUUGAAUUUUUUUAAAAAUAAUUUUUUUGGUUUAUAUUUGAAGUAUCAGGACUAUCAGUUGUCAUCGAAAUCCGUCACAAGAAAUUUUUUUCAAGCAGACCAGGAUGAAUAUUUGUUUUUUUGGGAUCUGGUUGAGAAAUUUGCAGACCUGACUUUGCCAAAACUGGGUCUUUGCACUUCUUGUAGUUUUUUUGAAUUUUUUUCCAAAAAUUUUAGUUUUGUUCAUUGAUAAUAAAGUAAUACUCAAAAAAAUUUGAAUCAGAAUGCUUUCUCGAUGAUUAUUUUUCCUACUUGAAAAAAACUUAGUCAUGAAAUCUUUGUUUUUUUAUGAGAAGUAUGGCUUGGAGAAAUUAUUUUCUGCUAGGUUUUUCCCUUUUUUUAUUUCCGGUUAUUUCGAAAAAAAUUCACUUUAUUCCUCAUGUUAUAACUAUGUUUUGAGUUACUUCUAGAAAAAUUUGGAGCCAUUAUUCUUUUUUUUGAGUGCAUGAUUCUGCUCUUUUUUCUAAAGUCUUAUCUGAAUAUUUUGAUCAACCUUCCUGUUUUUAUGAAUACUUUUUGAACACUUUUAUACAAUUUCGUUUCCGUCACGCCAUUUUCAUGCGAACUUCUCAAAAUUAGAUUCAAUGACUGAAAAAUUGCAGGUUGUGGCUGCAGCAGUAAGGAACAUCGUCUUAGGAGAGGUACAUGCGACGGUGAACAAGAACGCUGCACGAUGUCGCAUUUCGAAGAGCAGAAAGGCGGCUGGCCCCCUCAACACUCGCUUGCCCAUCUGCCUACGCACACACCGAUCCAGGUUAUUUAUUGGUCUCAAAUUAAAAUUUCAGUUUUUUCUGCCGAUUUCUUUGAAGUCGAAUGAUGCCAGAUUCACAUUGAAUGGUGCUAAAAUUCUGAGGAUGUUUCUCGUUUUGGAAACAGUAUCCUUGACUGUAGCUUGACGAAUCUUUCGAAACUAUUAAAAAGAAAAAAAUAUGAAAAAAAUUUGAUUCUUUAAGUGCGUUCCUGCAUAGUCUAAGCAUUCGCACACAAAGUUGUUUUUCUCGAAAAACGAGAAGAAAAUUUUAUUGAAGAUCUGAAAGUGCGCAAAAACUUUGUGCUCCACACUUUUGCAGAGAGAGAAAGAGACAGAUGAAAUCCGGCUGCCCUUUUUUUGGUUCUCUGGAAGUAACCUUUUCGGAGCAAUUAACGGGAAGAAAUCAGAAAUAUUUAUGUGAAAAAAUACUCUCGAAUAGAUUGACCUCAAAAGCUUAUCACUAAAAAGGUUUUUUUCACUCGGAACUUUCAAAUUUUGUGAGAACAAGCAUUAUAACUUCUUGACGUCCAAAACGAAUAUUUUAAUAAGGAAUACGAAAAAUAGGUAUUGGUUUUCUAGAUAUUCCAAUGAACUAUAAAAUUAAAAGCAUCUUCACGAAAAAUGGCAACCUUCUGAAAUUUCGACCAUCGUUGGCCGAAAAGUUUUGAGCGACGUUAGCCGCUUCGUUUGCAGAAAAAAAAAUUUAGAAGUUCAGAAAAUUCAUAUAUUGUUCAUUUGAAAAAUAACUUUUUUCUUCAAAUUCUAAAACUUUUUCAAUAAGCAACGGAAAAAAAGGGCCAGCAAAACAUUUCAGUUAUUGACGGGAAAUAAGCGUUUUUUUGUAAACGGCAGAGCGUAGACGUACACAUGGUGAUGAUGUACUAUUAGUGCAGUUCCUGACCUACAAGGGCGCAGAGAAAAAAUGGGCGGAGCGUUUAGAGAGGCUCGAUUGAGAGCAAAAUAGUGUCUGAGAGGAGGAAAGACGAAAAAAAUAGUUGGUAUGCUAAAUAGAAAAGAAACGAACCACAAGCUAAAAAACAAGUCCCCUUGAGCUCCUGUCUGCUGGACUACGGUAGUUUCCUAGGACACUUCGAAUUUUCUAGCCAAGGCCCUCAUUUUUUAAAUUCUGGCAAAAAUUGAGUGCUUUUGAAAUGGCUUUUGGAAAAAAAAGAAAUGAAUUCUCUUGAGAAUCAUCAGAUCAGUAAAUUAGGAAAAAUUACUCUUCAGUCCAAGUUAUGUUGUGUAUCCACCGGAAACACUUGAAUUCCAAUUCAAAAUCGUUUUGAAACCGAAAAAAGGUUGCCUUUUUUAAGUUUUCCGUGAACAAAAAAGAGUCCACAAAAAUGGAAAAACGCUGACUUUUAAUCAUCUUCUGUAAGACUGCGAACAUAAUGUCCGUUAAAAUGACAGGUUGUCAUUCAUAAAACGUCGUUUCUAAUCAGUGCUAGACCGUUUUUACUUCCAAAAACCAACUGUCCACUGUCACUCACAGACGUUUUUGAGGAUUUCGCUCUAUCAUUCCGAUGGCGUGAUUGAAGGGUUGGACCAAAAAACCGCGAUAUCGUCUGUAUAAAUGCACUUUUCAUAAUCUUUUUGAGAAGAACCUCGCAGUUCAGCAAGACCUUGUUUGACAUUUAUUUGCAUAUACUUUCCGCCAACCGACAGCUCGCUCGAUUUUUGCCCAUUUAGAUAUCUAUACAGUCGAAUUUUUUUUCUCAGUCCAGUCAUUUUCAGCCCCAUCAACCUGAAGGAUCACCGGUGGCAUUCCACGCGAUGCAACAAGGCGCUUGGCGAGUUCCAGUUCCACCAAACUUUGGAACACUUCAUAAACCUUUGUUUGGGUACGUUUUUUCAUUUUUUUUUUAUUGAGAUUAGUGAAAUUAUAAGUGUUUCAGAGGUGACUGGCAAGGUGCUUGGGGAGCGAAUAACAACGAAAAAUUGGGUAGUUGGGACAAGUGGCAAAGCGCACAGGUUAGCGGGGACGUCGCUCGGCCGCUUCCCAAGUUCGGCAGUGCCUCCAUCACUGCUGCCAUGAUGAAUCCGAUGCAGUCGACAGCCGAGUCUUCAGAGACUCCGAUUUCUUCCUCUGCCAAUUAUGUCAGCCCAAAAGAGGUUUGUUGGACUUUUAUUGAAAGAAACUUUGAAAUUCGACUUGUUUCUCAUUUUUCAUUCAUCUUUAUAAUAAGAGAAUGUUCAGGAAGAGUCAAACGAACGAGAGCACCAUACAAACUCCUACGAUGUUUCGGCCUCGCAGUCACCAAGCGAAGUAGAUGACGAUCGUCGUGGGGAACGAACUUCUGAAGAGCCGAUCGACGUCGAAUGUACGGCUUCCAACGAUGAUAACUCGGAAGAAAGCACUCCAACAUCUGCAAAGCCAGGCAAGUGUGAAAAAAAAGAACUGUUAAUAAUACUAAAGAUAAACAAAUCAUGUUUAUAGGACAUUUUGAGUCAAAUAAACUGUUUUUUGGAAAAGGUCAGUAAUGAAUUUCAAAACUAUGCACGUGAUAGCCUUAUCGCUAUAUCUUCAACAAGUGCAAAACUUCACGAUUCCGCUAGUUUCACAGUUGUUUUUCAGAAAAAGAAAAGGAAGCUGACGAUGUCAUGGACACCACGGGAAAUGAGUCGAACAAUGGAAUCGGUGGUUUACCACAAAGAGACGUUGAUGCAGCAACGUGAGUUAUCAUUCGGGGUUCUUUUCAAAAAAUGACUUUUUUCAGACGUCUACUUUUGAACUUCUCCCAAAACUCCUUCACUUCUGCGUUGGACGCUGCUCGUACGAUUUCUCCGCUGGUCAAAGAAGAAAGUUCACCAGAAAAGAAGUUUCUUGGGUUUUCGCAAAGUAACUCGAGCGCCUUCUCCAACAUUGAACCGACCAGCAGCGAAUCGCCUCUCAAAACUCCUACGGUCAUCGAAACAGUUCCGAGGUUGCCGGCUGAGAGUGGCAACACACCGAACCUCUCCGCAGUGCUCAGCACUCCAUCUGGAGCCUUCACUCGUCCUCCUGGACUUGGACCUGUCAUCGUCCCACCACCAACGAACGGACAAGCUGCUCCUUUAGUUUGCCCGAUCUGUGGCUUUGCUUGUCCUUCGAAGUUCCACUACAACAGCCAUAUGAACACCCAUGGAGAUCAUCAGUGCACUAUGUGUGAUUAUACCAGCAGGACCGAAGGCCGCUUGAAAAAGCACAUGAGAGAGUCACACACAGUCGAGGAGCAGCUCAAAGCUGGGCUCGAGAUAGAACCAUCACAGGCGGCAACGACUUCAACUCCGACUUCGAGCGCCACAGCAAUUAUCACUUCGAUUCCUCUCGGAACACCUCAGCCCGUACCUCAAACUCAGACGGUCUCCUCAGAUACUUCAAAUUUAUCUACAACUAUGGCUUCUUUGGUGGACGCUGCUAAUUUUGCUGCAACGAUGGCCAACGCUCAGAGCGACAUGCCUCACAUUCUUACAAAUGCUCUUUCUCUGGACCUGGAAGGAACUCCAAAUUUGCUCAACAGCCUGCAAUCUGGAGGACUAGCUCCAUCUGCUUUGGAUCAGAUCCGAGCUAUCACUGAGAAUCCUUCACUUUUGAGUGAGAAUGGACUCAGUUUGGCUUCUGCGCUUGGAGCUGUCAGCGAUGUGAUUCACGGAGACUCGACGAAAUCACCAGACAAGGUGGUUCAAAUAAACAAGAAGUCUCUUCAAUUUGUUUUUUUAGGCUAGCAACUCUGAACCACGGCGCAACAGCAAUGGCAAGGUGAAAAUCCUCAAGUGCAAGCAGUGCGGUCACCAAUCUCUGUCGAAAGAUGAGCAAUGGGCCCAUGCCAGAACUCAUAUUCCAAACGAGAAGCAGCUCAACUGCACUCAUUGCAACUUCGUCACCGAAUACAAGCAUCACUUGGUAAACAGUUUCAAAAACUAAAUCACAUAACUUUCCCUUUUCAGGAGUAUCACUACCGUAAUCAUAUUGGAAGCAAGCCAUUCCAGUGCAAGAAGUGCGCUUACACUUGCGUCAACAAGUCGAUGCUGAAUUCGCACAUGAAAAGUCACACGAAUCACUACCAGUUCCGCUGCAUGGAUUGUACCUACGCUACCAAAUAUUGCCACAGCCUCAAAGUAUGAAAAUUCAUUUUUUCCGUUUUUCACAAACUUUGAUUCCAGCUUCAUCUCAAAAAAUACAACCAUCGUCGCGUGCCGGAAGGAAUUGAGGGAGGAGACACUUCUCCGACUCAGUUGCGUCCGGAAAUCCCAUCAUUCCCAGCGUUUGGCAGCUUGAAGAUGGAGCCUCCAACCCCAUCCACGUCGAUUGCGCAUUCUUUGGCUCUUGGCCCUAUUGUGACCAGCCAGAGCCUCAGCUAUGCUAGUCAAGUUUUGCUCCGACAACAUCAGGUAAUGAAUGAGCUGAGAUGAAAAAUAAUACGGCAUUCAUUUUCAGAUGGAAGGCGGCUUGAACCCACUUUUGGGAUUGAACGCUCUGCCACCAACGCCGCCAAAAUGCCCCAUGUGCGAUGUUCAGUGCGCCACUCAGGAAGAGCAGAUCCGUCACAACAUGAGCCAUUUCAUCAACCAAAAUAUGCCCAUGGUCAGCCUGUACUCAGGCCUGUCGCAGGUAAAAAUCCAACUGUCUGUCUGAUUGUUUUUCGAAUCGUUUUCAAUAAACUCACUCACACAUCGCAAGAUACAACAAAUGAAAAAUAACCCAUUAACAAUUAUCAAUGAACAAGAACAAAAAAAAAGUUUCGAAUUUAUGAAAAAAAUAAACCUUGGAGAUCAAAGGUUUCUUGAAAAAAAGUAAGUUUCAAUCGUUUUUAUUGCGUUUUUGAGUGACAGUACGGAGAUUAACUGAAAAAAUUUCUUGAAAGUAUUCUCUUCCAAAACUUAUGAAAUGAAUCUUCAGAUCCCGUCGGUGAUCGCGUCUGUCGCUUCAAUGGUUGAGCGUCACAGCGUGAAGAGCGAGGAAACCAUUGACGCUUCGAUGGACGACAACUUCGACGGCGAUGUCGAUGAACAGGACAUUGAGCCUGACAUCGAGCAUGAGCAGGAAGCCGACGAAGGUCAAGAAGCUGGACGCUCUGCGGAUGAUGAAAUGGAGCACAGCAGCAUUUGCGCUGAUUCACCAGUCAGCAGCUCAAAGGGUACGGCCUUCCUUUCUUUCCUCUUCAUGGCUUUGAUGAAAAAAAGAAGCGGAAAAUAAUCAAUUUUUAUCUUCAAAAAUCCAUUGAAAAACGAAUGAUUUAGGCUCGUUGGAGAGCGAAGAACAGCAGAAGCGCAAGGCCUUCAAGCUUGAGCAAAUCAGCCAGCGGCUGCAGGGAAAGAGUCCCAGCAGCGUCGACAGCGAAGAAAAGGACGACGUGAGUGCCAGAAAAGCCUCAAAAACAACUCACAAUAUUUUCUUCUUUUCUUGAAAGCAAAAACAUAAUUCCGCAUAAAAUUUUAAUGAAAGAUUUUUUGAUGUUUUCAGAGCCACGGAGAAUCGUCGAUUUCGCCGUCGGAACCUCUGAGCAACUCGUCGCAGAUGCUUCCACUGGUUCAGAUGCCAAGUGUGGCUGAUACACUCGUGGUGCCACCUCAGCCAAUGAUUUCGACUUCGGAGGGUCAUCCUACCAUCAACUCGAUUCUUCAGCAAGCUGCUGCCUGCAUGGCUUUCAAUGUGUUUCAGGUAAGCCUUGAAUCACGAUCAUGUUAUUCUUGUUUCAAAUAUUCAUAAUAGUUGUUCACGGACAAAUCUUUGUGUUUUUCAGGCUAAGCGUGACCAGGAGUCGUUCCGUUUCCAGUGCGUUCACUGCCGCAUAGCUUUUUACGUAAGUUUAUAACAUAUUUUCCAUUUCACAUUUGAUUUAACGUGUCAAGAUGCGAAAGCUCUCAUUUCUUUGUUAUUGCUGAAGACUAAUCUUGGAUUUCAUCAGAAUCAACUAAUUUUGAAGCCGAACUCUCAGAAUCGAAGGAAAAAACACAACGCAAAUAAAGACUAGAAACGGGACUUUGAGGUCGUUUUCAGGACAACACUCAGUCGUUUUUGCCCUUUUCUGCUCCUUUUCUUAAAUUUCCCUUCACGCAGCCACUGUGUUUUUCUCUUCUGAAUAGUGGAACAAAAAAUGUUCUGAGGCAAUUUUUAAAGGGAUGAGAGAAAUCGAUCCAUCCCAUCAAUAAUUCACAAAGAGCUUAACGAGAACACUCUUAUCCUGAUAUAUCAAGACUUGAGAAGAAAACUUCACACUUUUUGUGUUAGUUCCCGGAAAAAUUCAAAUCUUAAAAUAUAAGGCGAAUUUUCAACUUGUAAAUUAGAAGGCUUGGAGUUCACUUUCAGGGAAAAAUUUUUAAAUUUCAUGAGUAAAAAAGGCCUAAUGGAAACAUUUUUCAGGACCAAGCUCUCUACCACAUUCAUAUGGGAUAUCACGGCUACGAGCAUCCUUUCAAGUGCAAUCGUUGCGGAUUCAUUGCGGCCGAUCCGUUGAACUUCAACCUUCAUCUUUUCCAAAGCGCCCACGAUUGA